GGAGGUCAGGGCGGGAAGGUCCUGGGGCUGCUACGGCGCCCAGGCAUUGGCGCUCUGGAGGCGCCAUGGGCAAGGUCAGGGUCUCGCGGCGGACCGCAGCAGAAGCGGUGGUCAAACUGGCCAUCCUCUUGCUCCUGUUCGAUUUCUGUAAGAGCUCAUCGGUGUUUUCAGUUGUGGGAACUGUGAACGGGAACGUCACUUUGUCUCCACCAAACAUCCAACCCGCUAAAGAGAUACUGUGGAAAAAAGGAAAGAACAAAGUUAUCGAAUGGGAUUCUGAUGGCUUAACCCCCUACCCACUUUUUCGUGAUAGGGUCGCUUUAGACCCCUCAGGUGCCCUCCACAUCUCAAAUUUAACAUCAUCGGAUGAAGGUGAAUAUGAAAUUGAAAUACACCCCUCUUCGAAGGUCAUGAAAUUUAACCUUAUAGUCUUUGACCCUCUUCCAUUUCCGACGUUAGAAUGUAACCCGGUUAAUGAAAGCAUUGUGGUCCAGUGUGCAGUCCCGGAAAAUUACAGCAGGCAUCGGGAGCAAUUAACCUACUCGUGGCAUUGCCCCUUACCACAGUGUGGAGAAAGCACGACACCUGUAUUGCAUUUGAAGAAGAAUGAUGACCUCCAAAAGCAGAAAGGACAGUUAAAGUGUGUUGUCGCAAAUCCAGAGUCUAACAGGACGUCCUCAGUAGAUUUGUCCAGCUGUAUUCCACAUGAUCAUUCAAGGAGUAGAUAUCCACUUUUAAUCAUGCCAGUAAUAAUAGUCGUAUGGCUGUUUGUAAUGUGUUAUUGGAAACGUAACAGAAGAGCAGGACCAACCACGUAAGAAAUGUAGCGGAAGAGCAGGACCAACCACCUCCAGUUGACAGCUCCUAGAAAAUAAAAGCAAACGCUCGACCACUAACUUUAAAAGCCAUGUCGCCGACCCUCCUUUAUUUUUAUACCAUCUUUUUUAAAGCAGUGAUGGAUUCUGUCGCGUGUUCUCCUCUGCAAUUCCCCUCUUUUUUUCCCCAGGCUUUCUCUUUUUUGAGAAUUUAUGUUACAGCCUGGCCAGUUGGUUGGAAUGUCAUCCCGCAGACCGGAAGGUUGCAGGCUGGGUUCCUAGCCGGGACACAUGCCCCGGUUUUACCUUUGGUGCUCCUGGCCGGGGUGCAUAUGAGAGCCAACCAGGUGUUGCUUCUCUCAUCGAUGUCUCUUUCUGUUCCCAUUCCUCUCUCUCUAAAAGCAAUAACAAGAUGUCCUUAGGGGAGAAUUUUAAAAAUAUUAUUGUAUUAUUUUUUAUUUAUUGAUUUUAGUGAGAGACAGGAAGGGGAGAGAGAACCAGCACGUUGUUUUACUUAUCGACACACUCAUUGCCGGCUGCCGUGUGCCCUGGCUGGGGGAGCAGACCGCAGCCUGGCGUGUGGGGCGGUGCUCCAGCCACUGACCUGCCUGGUCAGGCCACGUCCUGUGGGACAGAACUUCAGCAACCGAAUGUGUGCUGAAACUGAACAGACGAACACGCAUUAGUCACCCCACUGUCUGUACACUUUAUAACAAAAUGUAAAUAAAUGUGAAUAUGUA